GUGUGUUUGAGAGACAAACUAUUUUCUGCAGUGUGAGGGCAGCGGGGAGGAUCUGUGGCUUAAAGCCAUCACGGAGCCGCUCUGGAGGAGAUGCAUUCUUUAUUCUGAGGAGGGGAGGAGGGACAGGAGAGAGAGCGAGGGGGGGAGAGAGAGAGGUGAGCGGAGAAGGCGCGUCGCACUAUCAGCUGAAUCCAUCUAAGAAAACAACUCGCAGGGAGUCCGGGUCUGAGCUGCGCCAAGCACUGAAAGGCAAGUCUGACCUCCCCACCGAAAACAGCGCAUAGGACGGACGCAGCUGGCCGUCAUGGCCCGUGGCGGAUCAGGCGGCGGACAGUUCAGCGAGUGCGUCCUCACCGUUCGGCCAGAGUGUGGGAGGCGAGAGAAGUGCCCGCUGCCGCUGUCUCCGGUGCUUUUGCGCCGCUCACGGUGUUGAGUCAAAGCGGAGGGAGCUCUCCUUUUAGAAGCUGGGAAAAACGCAGGAGAGAAAAAAAAAGUACCGACAGCAGUGCGGACGGACUCGCAGCCACAUUCGAGAGACGCACACGGGAGGCAGAGGGGGACAUAACCCAUGCGGGCAAAUAUGCUCCUCGCCGGGUUCGAGCUGCUCGUAGGAACCGACUCCCACAAGCGUCGCCGAACAGAGCUUUACGCACGGGUUUGCAGCAGGACCGCAUGAAGGACGGCGGCGUAAAGACGGGGGAAAAGUUGACUGCGGUAGCGGGGUUUGCGAUGGAUAAAGGCUCAGCAAAGGUCUCUGGAUCCAAAUGUCACCCCCCUUGGACUCUGCCCUGGUCUGGGACCAGCAGUGUGUGACGGACAGGCGAGCGGAGCCUGCGGUGGCGCUCAAAUUGGCCCUGGCUGAGCUCUGCAUGGAGCAGCGAGAGAAGAGUCCUGCUAUGGUCUGAUGUCUCAGCAUGGAUGGAGUCAGUCAGAGGACUGGCCACCACUAAUGAGACCAUCGCUCUUCGGCUGAGGACUAGCAUUUACAGGAUUACUCCCACAGUUUCCUGCUCUUUUCCUAGCUAACUGCAUCAUUACUUAACAAUCCUAGUUGGACGUUUUUUUUAUAUUUUCAUGGGUCUGGUUUUUGGUGGAUAUAUACGUCAUUUGCCUCUCUGAUUUUCAUUUUUUUUAUUCCCUCCCACCAGUUUUUUUUUUUUUUAAAUUGUUGGUUUGCCUUUUUCCCCCUGUUUGUUUUUCCACUAUGGAGUUUCUGGCUGGACCCUGGAAUAAAGAUUGGGCUUCAUUCUUGCAAUUUUGGUUGACUGUCAUCCUAAGCCUCCAAAUGCAAUUCAGCCCAGGUGCCUCUUGUCCGCAAGAGUGUCGUUGUGACAAAGGGUUUGUGUACUGCAACGAACGCAGCCUGACAUCAGUGCCUCUGGGGAUACAGGAGGGCUACAAGGUCCUCUACCUCCACAACAACCAGAUCAACAAUGCUGGUUUCCCUGUGGAACUUCACAAUCUGGCCUCCGUAGAAACUGUGUACCUUUACGGCAACCAGCUCGACGAAUUCCCCGUGAAUCUGCCCAAAAACACCAAGGUCCUGCACCUCCAGGAGAACAAUAUCCAAACGAUCUCCAAGGCAGCUCUUGCCCAGUUGACUAAACUAGAGGAGCUACACCUUGACGAUAACUCCAUCUCCACAGUAGGGGUGGAAGAAGGGGCCUUCAGGGAGGCGGUCAGCCUCAAACUCCUCUUCCUCACCAAGAACCACUUAAGCAGCGUUCCCAUUGGUCUUCCCGAAGACCUGAAGGAGCUGCGGUUAGAUGAGAACCGCAUUGCUGUCAUUGCAGAGGAGGCCUUCCAGAAUGUGACACGUCUACAGCGCCUCCUGCUGGACGGGAACCUGCUGACAGACGAGGGCAUCGCACCAGGGACCUUCCAGGACCUGGCCAACCUCCGCGAGUUGGCUCUGGCCCGCAAUUCACUGACUUUCCCCCCUCCUCUCCUGCCCAGCCAGUCGCUGGUCAAACUCAGCCUACAGGAGAACCAGAUCGACCAGAUCCCCGUGGCGGCGUUUGCGGAUCUGAACAGGCUGGAAAGACUGGAUAUCUCCAGCAACCAGCUUCAGACUCUCACGCAAGGUGUGUUCGAUGGCCUGUCCAGCCUGAGGCACCUCAUAGUGCGAAACAACCCGUGGCGCUGCGACUGCACCAUAAAAUGGGUGGUGGUGUGGCUCAAAUCGCUGCCUUCCUCUGUCAACGCCCGCGGGUUUACGUGCUCGAGUCCGGAGAAGGUGCGUGGCAUGACAAUCAGAGAGCUCACGCUGGAUAUUAUCGAGUGCCCCAUUCAACCCGACCAGCCGCCCUGGCCCACCCUCCGCUCCACACCCCCUCCCCCACCCACCACCACCCCUGUCACCACCAUGAUUUCCACCCUCAUCACUUCAUCCAUCCCUUACUACUUUGACUCCCCCUCCCCCACGCUGCCCCCUUACUUAACAACCCCGCCGGCCCUGCCUCCUUACGAGGACCCCCUUCAGAUCUCCUUCCACGUGGUCAACUCCACCAACAUCGACGUGAGCUGGGCUUCCUACUUUACUGUCACCGCCUACAAGGUCACUUGGGUCAAAAGGGGCCAAAGCCAAAUCAACGAAGGAAUGCGGGAGAGGACGGUGAGCGGGGACCUGCGGCGCAUCAGCCUCACCAACCUGGAUCCCCGGUCUGUGUAUCGGAUCUGCGUGCACGUCCUGGACACCCUUAACUCCUAUAGGCCCGGGGAGGAUACUAUAUGCUCCGAGGCCAGGACCAAGCCGCCAGUGACCACCAAGCCUCCGGGCAGAGAGCAGGCUCCUCAGGACAGCAUCAGCUCCAUGCUGCUAAUGGCUGGGAUCAUAGGAGGGGCUGUUCUUAUCGUCCUGGUUACGCUGCUCAGCUUGUUCUGCUGGCACAUGCACAGGAAGAACCGGUCGUCUUCGACCAAGUGGAAAUACAACCGCGGCAGGAGAAAAGACGACUACUGCGAGGCUGGAACCAAGAAGGAUAACUCCAUUCUGGAGAUGACUGAGACCAGUUUCCAGAUAGUGGCGCUGAACAAUGAGCAGCUGCUCAAGGGAGAUUUCCGCAUCCAGCCCAUCUACACUCCCAACGGGGGCAUUGGAUUUAGAGACUGUCACCUCAGUAACAACAGCAUAGCCUACUGCAAGAGCAGCAACGUGCCCAGUACAGAGUUCUGCCACACGUGAUGCUGCAGACACUCAGUACAGCAGCAUUCACACACACACACACACACACACACACAAAGCAAAAAGACUUGCAUAAACACACACACACACUGUUUGUCUAGACAUUGAAAAAUAUAAAAAAUUAUAGUGAAAUAUAACUGUAUUAUAUAUAUUUCCAAGUUCUGUCUACGAUGUAAUUUAUACUGUGGAUAAUAAUGUGGGAUUCUCUGCUAUCUUUUUUAUUCCUAGAAAAACAGAUACAAGUGUUUCUUUUUUUUAUAACCAGCAGGGUUUUGGAAGUUGUUUUAACGGUCAGUACUGUACGUGAACAUGGAUUUGUACAAUCACGGCACCCUGGGUGUAGCUUCUGACAAAAAAAAAUUUGCUGUCAGCCUUGGAAAUGUUUUUUGGGGGAGGGGGCGCUUUUGGAGGGCUGGGAUCCUUUGCUAACCACAGAAGCAAAAUAGGACCUUUUCACACUUUGAAACCCUGCAAAAAAAUCAAAAGAAUAAUAAAAACAGCCUCCCCAGAACAACACAGCAGACGGGGAAAUCCAAACACUGCUGAUUAGAGGAAAUAUGGCGCUGGUUCAGUGACGGCGUGUUUAAAAGGAAAAAAAGAAAACGUGAGAAUUGAAGUGCACUUUCUUAUUAAUGGCAGCAUGGCAGGAAAUGAGCAGAGGUAGGUGGUGGUGUGUGACGGGGGUUGUGCACGGCCGUGCAGGUUGGGAAUAUCAUCGGUGUUGUUAAAAAGCCUGGGCUGAAGUUUCUUAACACUAAAAGCAUCUUUGUUCUGUUCGUUUCCAGGUAGAAUUGGUGGGUUUUGGAAAAGAUGUCACCAAAAAAUGGUUUUUAAUGUGAGCUUAAAAGCAACAAGCGACUAUUGUUUCUAAAAUCAUGCUUGAAUGUGCUGAUUCUUGCUGAUCCUUUGAAGAAACAUUCGUUAGUUCAGCUUCUUUUUUCCCCCAAUGUUUUAGCAAGUGAGGCCACAAGGGGGCAGUUUUCCUCAGCGUUGUGUGUGUGUGUGUGUGUGUGUGUGUGUGUGUGUGUGGUACAUAGAAAGACAGGCCAGAGAGAUCACUUUACCUCCACCAUUUCCCCCGAGCCCAUUACCCAGACAACAUUACUCAUGCUUGAACAGCAUUGUGUCGAGUAUUUUUGCUCAUUGGGCUACUUAAUGAUGUGGAAUCAUUUAAAACUAACAGUGUUUCUGUGUUUGGUGGCUAAAUGAUAUGGAUUUUCACCACUCCGGUCCAUUAUGAGAUGAUUUGUGUGUGUGUGUGUGUGUGUGUGUGUGUGGAGAGCAUGAUGAAUUUUGAUAUGGCUCACACAUAACACUAAUUAUACAGCCACUUAUCUCAACCUUGUCCCAUCGUCCAUUAGACUUUGUGAUAAAUUAGGAAAUUACAACAAUGGACUCGCACCCCGCCCAUGAUCGCACACUGCGCUGCGACCGAGCGCUUCAUCUAGCUUCUCAUUAUUUAUCCUUUUGUCCGCACUUAUAGUGUGGCCUUUUGAAUUCACGUUUUGCUCAGCCUAAACAAUGCAGCUGCUCACUUCACAACAGCAUCUCUGAGAGGAUGAUUGCCACUCUGUCUGCCUUCCAGUGUCAGCGUCCGACUCUUCGCUCCAAUCCGUGCACGGCUCAAAAAACCACUUUCCUUGCCCUUCAGCUUGUAAGCGUUGGUGGCUUCUCUUUGCAUUGAAUGUGAGGGUGCCAGUGUGAGGUCUUCAUUAUGCACUUCUUAAGGAAGCUUUAUUUGAUUUGACAAGAUUUUAUUUUGAGGGGCCAAGCUUAAAGAGCUCCUUCCCUUUUCUUUCCCCCCUUCGUAUAAUCCUCAACCAAAAAAGGGAGAGAAAUAUGUAGGCCUUAUUUUCACAUGGCUGCCCGAAGCUCAUGCUGAGAGGCAGUUUUUAACUCUUUGCGAGGCACACAGAUUCAGCUGUUCAAAUGCACUGUACCCGACAGAGAGUCGGCACAACCUAAGAUCAAUUUUUACAAUCCAGAGAUUUUUUAAGGGCUCGUGCUAAGCGUUGAGAUUAAAAGUAAGCGCUCUUCCUAUGACUCCAGCAAUAGCUCAGAUUGUGAUAAACUGGCCUGUUUGCAAUUCCAGUGCUUAAAAUCUGUUCAGCUAUUAAUUGAAUACUUUAAUGAAUUAAAUCAUCCAUCUUAAAAUGUAAUUUAGGGUCGCUCUAAAAUUAUUUUUGAAAAUUAAUUUGGUUUUUAGAUGGAAGUGGUAAUUUUUUAAAAAGAUAAAAUCUCUGUCAUUAAAUUUUGUUUAAUGGUUUUCUGAGUGUUUAGCUGGAAAAAAAAUCUAGAGUUUAAUCAUAAAAACUUUUUGUAACAUUUCAGAAUAUCGUAUAUUAUCAUGUAGCCUAAUUGUUCUUUGUUGUACACUUUUUGUGUAUUUAGGUCACAGAUUUACUCUUUGCAGUUCAUUUGCCCAAAAAAAGAAAUAAAACCCAAGAUAUAUAAUUUCAGCAAGAUUUGAAUCAGUAGCUUUGUUUUCUCAGAAAGCGUUAUAGCUAGCAUAGCAAUGAACAAGGAUCAAUAGCAAAUAUGUUUUAGCUAUCACAACAACAUUGUCAUUGUCAGUUGUGUUUUUUGGUCAUGAUAGUUGUGCAGUAAAAUCUCCUAUUAAAAAACUAAUCAACACCACUUUACUGUUAGCAUGCUAAAAAACAGUGCUAGCACCGGCAGCCAGCUAGCCUGACCUAGCAUAGCUUAGAAAGUGAAAACAUGAAAACAGCUUGUUUGCACUCGCAAACAAACUAUGAAGUCUUCUACGCUGUAAAACCACAAGGUCAUUUUUAGACUUCAAAUUUUUGUACAGAUUGAACAAAUGUGAUCUAAUGUAGAUAUUGGACAUAGCGAGAUUAGCUGUAGCCCUGUCUGUUUCAAGCUAAGCUCAUCUGCUCUUGACUCUAGCUUCAUGUCUAUGGCGUCAAUCUUCUCCUUACUUUUGUAAGAAACCACCUAUUAUUCCUCAACUUCUAAAUUAAUAUGCAGGUGGCUUAGAUAAUUUAUGUAAAGCUAAGGAUGAUUGAUAGCAAUGAUUGAUUUGUUGAUAGGGUUUUUUAAUUUCUUUUUUGCCAUCAUAUCCAAAUGUCUAUUUUUGUGAAUAUUUUUGGCGAAAUAAUAACGUUAUCAAUCAUGUGAAAAAAGGCACAAUCAUACUACUCUGCUCACUAUAAGGGACACUGUCACUGGCUGCCUGUUAUCCUAGUUGAGCUUCAAGUCUGAAAACUGGAAAAUAGCUAGCGUGCUCAGGCUAAGGCUAAUAAAAUUUACUGUAAAAUGUUGUUUUUAGACUUCAUAUUUUUGCACAGAUUAAAAACAAAUGUGAACUAAUGUGCUAAUUAGUGGUGUUGACUUUGGUGCUGGUAAAUGGUGAGUUGAACAUAACAGUUUUAGCUUAUCCUUGAACUAAGCUAUACAGACAUGAAAGUGAUGCGAGUCUUCUCAUCAGUCUCAGCAAAAAAAGUGAACUUUGUAAAACGGCAAACCCGUCUUUCACUCCUCAGCUCCUCUUUAAGUAUGUAAAUCAUUUAAAAAAAUAAUUUCAAGUUGUUCUACAUCUUCUGUGGUUAUCAAAGUGUCUCCACUUUUUGUUUAAAUCUUUUUCUACUAAUACACAUAUCAGCCAACCCAAUACACGCUGUCCAUCGAGACACACCAGGCUGCCCUGACCUGUGCUCGGCUUUCCCCUGCUGGGUACCUAACCGACAGUUCACCAUGUACGGUUCACUACAUGCUUUAACAGCUGACCAUAAUCCCACGCAGUACACUUGAACAUGUACAACUGCUAUCGCUGGGAAUUUUCUUUCUUUCAUUUUAGAUAUAAAGCCCUAUUUUAGUCCCACGAUCAAGCAAGCCAGGUGAAUCCAUUGCAACAUUUAGCAUCUCCCCCUGUCUGUGAAUGUGUAACGGAGACAGAUAUUUGCCUUACCUUUUAUGCAGGAAUGAAUGAUUAACGAGAGGGAGAGAGAGCGAGGGAGUUAAGUGGGAGGAAGAAAGGGGAGUAGAAAGAUGAGACAUAAAGAGACGGCGGCAAGAACAGAAAGCACAUUUCUCCGACCGACUGCAGCAACAAUAACGGCGUUAACAGGAAGCGUGACACACACAGUAGCUAACGAAGAGACUGUUCGUCCAUAGUGCCAGAAAUUAAGCGGUGCACUGCUAAUGAUUCAGCCAGACUGGGAAGA